CGGCGGUUGCUGUCGUUACCGAGCCGCCUGGGGACGUGCCGGCGGCGUGCGAGCCCAGCGCCGGGGGUGGGAGCGGCUCGGAGUUCUGCAGGAUGAGCGCCAUCGCUGAAGAUGCUAAGCCAGAAGAUGCUAAACCAGAAUCUGAAAAAAAAAUAUACUACUGUGAAGUUUGUAAAGUUCCAUGUAUGAGUUCUAUAAGUCUUCAGUCACACUAUCGUGGUAUGAAGCAUAGAAAGAAAGAAGAAGCACUGAGAUUCAAGACUGUCUAUUGUCCUCCAGCUCCCUUCCGAACUACGAUGAGCUAUGAAACACAGAGACCAGUGAAGAGAGGACUCACAAAGGACAUUAUGUGUCUGAAGGAUUUUAUUAAUGAUCCCAAAAGAGAAGAACCUCUAGUUGGCUUAGAACAUGUGGUUGAAAUCAGAUUUGAAGGAAGAAGAGAGCCGCAUUAUGAAUGCAAGCUGUGUGGGUUUAAUACAGAGAUGGCACCCAUGAUAGAACAUCUUAGUGGAUAUAAACACAGAAGAGCAUACAUAUCUAAAGAAUUUCCAGACAAAAUGAAGAGAAAGGCAACAGAUGUAAAAGAAUGCAAAGUCUCAUUUCUGAAAAGAAUAGCAGGAGAGCUAGAGAAGACUGAAGGAUUAAAAAUGUAUAAGAUUGAAGGUUACAUAAGACCAAGUACCUCACCCCCAUCAAAGAAGAAAGCAAGGUGGGAUGAUGAUCAUAAGCAUGAGAAUGAUCCUUUUUGGAAACAAAAAGCUUUAGAGUUCUUGGAGACUUUUCACAUCACCUCAGACUCAGAAGCAACACGUGUUGUUCGUGUUACACAGGAACUCACAGAAGCUUUGAAGUCCUUUUGUGAAAAGAAAGCAGUGGUGAAUUAUACUAACAGACUGAAGCCAUUGAUGCCAAUGUCUCGAGGUGGAUUUCCUGCAAGAAGAAACUUUACCAAACCGUAUAAGCCAUAUGGAAAAUACAAAGGAAAUUUUAACUGGAAUCAACGCUUUUUCUCUCAGUAUGAACAGUGUGCUGCAGAUAAUUCUUUUGCUUCUGCCAACUCACACAGUUACCAAACUGAUGAUGGAUCAUCUUCCUGUGGACUAAGAUCUGCUGACUCUGCAGUGAUGUCAGCACUCAGGGACUCUCUUGCUCUCCAGACUGGAAGUUCUGCUGGUAUCAGUGAGUGGCUGAGGCAGUUCAACCAGUCUGCUACUAACAACAAUCCAGCCCUUGGGGCCUCUUCUUAUGCGACAGGUUCUGUGCAUGAGUACUCAACAGAGUAUACGCCCAAAGAUGUGCAAGGAGAUAAGCUCCCUGGUAACAGAAUGCCAUAUGACAGGGAAGGUGCAAGUUGGAGGAAUCGACCAACGUGUAGCAAUGCAAGGGGUAUAAGUGAUAAGAGAUUACCCUAUCCCAAUUCUUCACAUCCUUCAUCUGGAAGAUACUCAACAAACUAUUCUUCGCAAAGCUAUUUCUCUUACAAGAGUGAUGGGGCUGUGAAUUCUUGUACGUUUUCUACAAAUUCUGCUUUUUCAAGAAGAGGUGGCUCUAGGUGGAACCAGAACUCUAGGUGGAACCAGCGUCCUAACUGGAACCGGGACUCAAACUGGAAUCAGGGCUGUAGCUGGAACCGGGACUCAAACUGGAACCAGGGCUCUAGCUGGAACAAGGAAUCUAACUGGAACUGGGAAUCUAGGUGUCGAGAAUAUAGGCAUGAGAAAUCAGAACUAAAUAUUCAGAUGCUAGCCAGUGUGCUAAUAGAAGCUAGAGGAAAAGAUUAAGGAACAACAACAGCUGAACUGGAAGCAGAUGAACAGACUCAAGAAUCUCCGUAUCUUGGAUUUCAGGAAAGAGACUGCAUUUAAGUGUGUUUUUGGAAGGGGAAAGGGAGGUAGAGUGUUAUCUUUUUUAUGAUAUUAAAUGUAGGUGGAACACAAACUUGCACAUAAUGGAGGUGAAUACUAUUUUUUUUUAGGCUUUUUUAAAUGUAUUUGUUACAUCUUGGCGUAUUGGAGAAAAAUCUUCUGUUUUUUUUUUUAAUAACAUUGACAUAUGUUAAUGUUAUUUUGUCAGCAAAAAGCUGAUCACCCUUUAACGACCUUCCCCACUCAGAAAAAAGAGGUUUGCUUUUAUGUUAAUUUUUGGGGUAAGAACACUCACUGAAAAUACAGAUCUGUUGUUUGAAAAUCCAAAUGUGCUGCUCUUCACACAAAUUUCAGGUCAGUUCAGUUAACUUAAGCCUUUAUAGUUGGGGGUUUGUAGAAAUAGAUACACUACAUUUCUGUUUAAUGAGGGUGUGACGUUAUUUCGUUUUAUUUUUGCACAGCAGAGACGUACAAUAUCUGAGCUUUUAUAUCCUGUUGAGAAUGAAACUUGUGAAUCAACUUAAAAAUUCAUUUGAGAAAUGGAUCCAUGCUGAAAUGGAAAAGUCUUCAUUCUUUGUGCUGACAAAAGCAUACUGAGACAUAGUAGAACCCAUAUGGCAAUUGCAUAAUAAUAGGGGAAACUAAAUAAUCAAAAUGACACACUAACAGAAAUGAGCACCAGUUCAUUGUGUUUACCAGUGGUCUGUACUUACAUUUCUUCUCUCUGCACUUCUGAGCAGUAAGCUCACCAGUGCUUACCUUUAGAUGUCUGCUGUAUGUAAUAUAUAGCUAAUGUGGGGCUAAGGAAAAGGACUAGCUUGAGUCUAGUUUACUCCCGGUACUCUGCUCUGCUUUUCACUGCUCUGUUAUGGGCUGUCAUCUUUCUUUCUAACCAUAGCUGGAGUAUUUUUCUCUGCACAUUAAAUACUUGUGCUGAACUCAGGUUUGUCUUCAUAAGCUAUACUAAUAUAUUUUUGCAUUCACAAAAAAUAACUUUUUGGACGUCGUCACGUAAAUUUGUAACAUAAGAGCAACAAAGCAAUUGAUGAUAGGGCACACACACUUGAUUCUCUGAAAUUCUAUUCUUGUUUGAACUGUGCAUCAGAAUCCAUCUGCUUUCCUUUUUCUUCACUGCCUCCUUUUCUCCAGGAAGUGUAGUGCAAGUAAGUUCCUGGAAACAGAAAAACUGAAUGAGAGUUAAGGUUUUUUCAGCUGAGGUCUUCAUAUAGAGGGUUUUUCUUUCUGCUUUUGAUUCCUUGUGGGAUUUUACUGUCAGUACUGUAUAUUCCAGUGGCAUACAGUGGCUGAAUGAUCUCUUCCCCAACAAGAUGCUCUUUCUUCCUCCGUGUUCCCUUCUUAUUUUUUGUUCUGGGGAACAGUUCCUGUUCUUGCCUGUUGCACAGGAUGAGUGGUCUCCCAGCAGGGGAGGGAAGUUGUGUCAUCCUUUCAGUCACUUCUCCAAUUAGUCUUAUAUAAGAGAAGACCUCGUCCUGUUUCUGUUUUCCUGUGUUGGCCGAUUUCCCCGAGUCAGCUUCUGGCUACUUGCUCCCAAGGAACCUCUGUGCCCUGUCUUGCCCCUGUGUAGUAGAGCACUGGAACAGAACGAGUGCUGUGUGUGUUCCUGUUUCUCUGGGCACUGGGCCUUCUUUGGGAAACAAGCUUUACAAGGUAGGUAUUGAUGGGCUGCAGACCGCACUGCAAAUGUUUGCCAUCCAGCAGCAGUGCAGCUACACCACGCCCUUGGGCACCGGGCAACGUUUCUGAAGGUGUACCAGAGCCUUUUGAACCAAUUUUAGUUUUCCUUCAAACACCAGUGAUAAAAAUCUGGGAUCGAACAUGCUUUAGGGGUAGCUUGUGUAUUUCCCAGCCGAGUUCUUGUUAUUGUUACUUGCUUUUUCUUCAGAAGCAGCUUUCCCCCUGAGCUGAGGCAUUCCAGUUGGUCGCUGGUGAUUGUUCUAUACCAAUACAGCUCCUUUAGGAAGUGCUGGCUCCAGUUCUACAGCAGUGAAAUAUGAUGAUGCUGGCUGAAAAAAAAAUGACUUGACUUCCUUCACAGGCCACAACCCGGGUAAUUCCUCUGAUGUCAGCUUUUUUGGUUUUAGCUUUGCAACCUUGGACCUAUGAAUGAUCCUAGAUGUAUUGGGUUUCAUUUGGUCAGGAGAAUUGUCGAGGGGGACAAAUUCCUUUGCAGAAGGGAGUGGGAAGCUCUUUCCGGUGGAGCAUCUCAACGGGAAGCUCUUCAAGUGGUCUCUGAUAUUGGUUUGGCACUGUCUGUUCCCCCAGCAUCUCACAGGAGCAGCCCAUUGGAGGCUAAGGACACCUUUUAGGUGUUCUGAGUCUUUUAGGAGAACCUGUUAUUUCCCAAUGUCUGUGCUGUAACCAUUUGUCAGUGAUAUUUCAUAGAAAGAUGUUUAGAAAAUGUUACCAGUGUCACUAAGGAUCUGUUGCAUCAUUACUGGACAACUGGUGGUAGUUUUUCUGCCCCACAGCUGCCAGAUACUAUAACUUUGUAAAUAUAUCUUGAAGAAUAACAGCUUUGGGUAGAAGAGGUAUAAGACUUUCUUUCAGAGUAAUCCUAGGGAGUUUGUUAACUUUUACUUCUUCCAGGUUGCUUCUUGAAAGCAACUGCGUAAAAGGAACCUUAAGUAAGUGCUUUUAAUAUAUUUCUGCUUGUUUUCUGUUUGUAAAUGUUGAGAUUGAAAGGUUUUGAGAAUGCUUGACCAUCAGGGCCGCUGCAGAAUGGAUGCUUCACGCAAACGGAAAGAUUAUUUGCAUUAAGAGGGAACUGUAUAUCCAGAGGAUUUAAGAGUUUGAAGGGAAUUAACUGAAGAAGAUGCAGCGUUGGAAAUUAAUGUGAAGAAGUUAUCUUUAAAAAUGGCCUAAGGAUACCCUGAAAGAAGCAGCUAGAAAGUAAAGACAGAAAGCAGAGAAGGCCAUCCCUCUUAAGUGGGAGGGACCGUGAACUGUAAAAACAAACGAAAAAAACAACCUGCAACACAGGAACACAGCCACCACCCUCCAAAAAACUGUACAAAUGUAGACUGUAAAUGUUGGUCUAACAUUUUUACUUCAUUUUAAGUUCUGUAUUAAAAAUUAAUACAUUAUACUCUUAUAAAAGUAAGGCACAUGCAAAACAUGUUGUGCAACUUCGGAGUUUUAACUCUUACCAACUAACAAGCAUUAUUUUAAUUCGGCAUUUCUAAAGUGUCCUUUGUCCCCAUGCAGGAUAUGUGGAAGAAAGUUAAGUCAGACAGGGCACCAGUUACGUCUAGAUUCUGUGCUUUGUUUGCUACAGUAAGCAUGAUAUGGCUGAUCUUAGAGUUGUAAAACACAAAACCAAACAUUGAUUCUAAAAGCGAUGAUGACGUACAUACAAAAUUUACGGAUGUGAAAUUAUAUCCAUUACAAUACAGCAAUUAUCUUAUUCAGUACACGAUGAUUUGGCAACUCCAGUUUGUGUAAUGCCAGCGGGGGCUUCUUAGAUGUCAAUGUCAUACAAUGCUGAAGACCAUACAGAGGUACUGCUCGUAGGACACCUGAAUCCAGCCAUCCUGAUCAGUAUCAUAACGUCGGAAUACAUCAGUCAGCCUCUAAAUAUGUGGAGAAAGAAAAAACAUCUUUGUGUACAGGGAAAGAUCAGACUGCCCCACUUUCAUCUAUGAAUGCUGCUGCUUUGUGCCUUUUGUAGACAUGGCAUGGUGUCAGGCACACAGAGGGAGCUCUUUGCUGUGUUUCAUGCUUGAGCUGUUCAGUGGAUCUGAUUCUGUGAUCUCAGGACACACCUAAGCCUAUCUAAGCUUUUAUUUAUAAGCCAGAACACUUUUUAUAGCUGGCUCUUCAGGAGCUGGAAACAGCAAAAUUCUUGCUACCUUUGAGAGUCAGCUGCAGCCAGGAGCUGAAGAGUACUAUUACUAGUUUUCCAUCCCAGUCAACUCAAUAUAUCACUAAUAUCUCAGCUGUCUCUGAACAAUCCCCCAGAGGACUGGGGGUGCUGGCAGCAGACCAGAACAGCUACCUCUGGUUUCACUAACAGCACAUGAAUGAUGAGCAAUGUCAAAGCCCUCUUUGCUAGAAUUUAAGUUGAUAGCAAAUCAAAAUUGGCUCAUAUUUGCAAGUGAAUAUAAAAGCAAUACAUGCUUCAGCAGCAGCAUUUGAUUAAGGCUACAAACAUAAAGCUAAAGAAGAACAAAGCACUUAGGCAGAUAAUGAGGAUCCCAAUUACACAGAAUCAGAGUUGCAGGGGUUGGAAGGAACCUCUGGAGACAACAUUUAAGUCCAACCCUGGAGACUCGUUUCUCUUCUUAUUGCGUGCUGGAAGCUAGCUUAAGGUACAGUGGAAACACUAGAUGUGUUAAGAAAAAAAAAAAGGAAAAAUUCUUCUUCCAUUCUCUUACUAAAAUUCAGCUUGACCUUUGCUGCAGUUUCCCAGCUUUUCCUCAGAGUCUCGCCUACAUUUCAGAAACGCUAGAGACACUUACAUAAACCAUUCAGUGACUUCUUUCUAAACAGAAGAAUAUAGCUGCAGAGGGACAGCCUCUUUCCUUUUUCUCUUGCUCCCCAUAAACAUUCCUGUAACUGAAAGGCUGGGUUGGUUUUCUGUUGCUGUUUGGUUUUUGUUUCAUUUUGUUUAAAAUGUCUUUUACUACCAUUGCCCCUUCAGGAACAGCAGAGAUGAAAGAUCAAAUAAUUUAGCUGUUAGGUCAAAAAUCUUGUAAAUCAGAGCCUUAGACUGAAAUAGAAAAUCCUCACAACUUAGAUUGCAAGAACAUCUUUUUGGAGUACACUCAAGAGGGCAACAUGGGACAUAACACACUCCAGCGUGAAUGCAUCCAAGACCCAAAGAAACUGUAUAUCAUAGCUAAUGAAAAGAACACUAAAUGAGUCUGUAUUUCAUUUUUUCACCCCAUUAAAAAUACUUAAGAGGUCAAAAACAGCUUCAGAUUUACUUAUAUGGGAUGCAAAUAGAUAACGAGUGAAGAUCUACAGCUGCAGAUGUUUCUAGCUCUCUCGUGCACUUUACUGAAGUGGAUCGUUAGUCAUAAGCAAGUUCUAGUUCCGGUAUUAUAAAGCGAGAACCAUAAAAGUUGAACACAACUUUGUUUUUUUUCAAUUGCCAUUAAAAGUACAUCUCCUUUCUUACCUGUAAAACAACACAGCACUGAAUAAAGUCAUCGAAAGCAA